AUGAAAGCCAUGGAAGCCCCAAGCCAUGAUCCAAUACACAGGUCUAAAGGUCCAGUCUCUGCUGAGACUCUUCACUGGGAAAUCAACACACCCGCUACACACAAGGUGCAAGCAACAAUGGAGAGCCACAUCACUCAAAUCUCCCGUGAGGACCUGGAAGACCUCAGAGAUGCCUUUAAUAAAAUCGACAUCGACAACAGCGGGUUCGUGAGUGACUUUGAGCUGCAGGAGUUGUUCCGAGAGGCCAGUUUCUCCAUCCCCGGAUACAAAGUGAGAGAAAUCAUGGAGACGUUCAUCGCAGGAGACACCAACAAGGACGAGAAGAUCAGCUUUGAGGAGUUUGUCUCGAUCUACCAGGAGUUGAAGAGCAAGCAGAUCAGUGAGACAUUUAGAAAGACCAUCUCCAGGAGGGACGGGAUCCGCUCUUUUGGAGGUCUGUCUGGAAACUCCUGUGAGGGCACGCAGCACUCCUACUCAGAGGAGGAGAAGGUUGCGUUUGUGAACUGGAUCAACAAAGCUCUCGCCAAAGACCCCGACUGUGAGCACCUUCUGCCCAUGAACCCCAGCAACGAGAGCCUGUUUGCAUCUGUACGGGACGGCAUACUGCUAUGCAAAAUGAUAAACUUGUCCCAGCCCGACACCAUUGACGAAAGAGUCAUCAACACAAAGAAACUGACGACUUUUAAAAUGAGGGAGAACCUGGUGCUGGCCCUGAACUCAGCCUCUGCCAUCGGCUGCACCGUGGUCAGUGUGGACGCACAUGAUCUGAUGGCCGGAAAACCCCACCUGGUGCUGGGCCUGUUCUGGCAGAUCAUCAAGGUCGGACUGUUCGCCGAUAUAGAAAUCAGCAGAAAUGAAGCUCUGAUCUGUUUGCUGACGGACGGGGAGCAGCUGGACCGCCUCAUGUCUCUGUCUCCCGAGGAGCUGCUGCUGCGCUGGGUCAACUACCACCUCCGCAACGCAGGCACCCAGACCAUCAGCAACUUCAGCGAAGACAUCAAGGACUCAAGAGCCUACUUCUAUCUCAUGGAUCAAAUCGCACCCAAAGGAGGAGACUUCAGAAUGAGCGUCAAGAUUGAUCUGAGUGGCAUCAAUGAGCGUAACUUGGAGAAACGCGCAGAGCUGAUGCUGCAGCAGGCCGCGCGGCUCGACUGUCGACAGUUUGUUUCGCCUCAAGACGUGACUUCAGGGAACAGCAAACUGAACAUGGCCUUCGUCGCCAACCUCUUCAACACCCACCCGUCUCUCCAGAGGGGGGACAUGAACGGGCUGGACAUGGCUCAAAUCGAGGCUGAAACACGAGAAGAAAAAACCUUUCGCAACUGGAUGAACUCACUUGGGGUUUCUCCAUACGUCAACCAUCUAUACUGGGAUCUAUGUAACGGUCUGGUGAUCCUGCAGCUGUUAGAAAAGGUUGGUGUCCUCGUAAACUGGAGGAAAGUCAACCAUCCACCGUACCCUGCACUGGGAGGCAACAUGAAGAGACUUGAGAAUUGUAACUACGCUGUGGAGCUGGGCAGAGAUGUGGCACAUUUCUCUUUGGUUGGUAUUGGAGGUCAAAACAUAAAUGAAGGAAGCGCCCUGCACACUCUGGCCCUGCUGUGGCAGCUCAUGCGGAGAUACACUGUUCUGGUUCUGUCUGAUCUCGGGGACGGAGAGUGUAUCGCAGAUGCGAUCAUCUUGAACUGGGUCAACAGCACGCUCAAACGCAAAGACUCCCAGAUCAGCAGCUUCAAGGACAAAAAGAUCAGCACCAGUCUACCUGUUAUUGACUUGAUCGACGUCAUUGCUCCUGGGACAGUCAAAUGGGACAUGGUGGUGAGAAACGAGAGAGGAACACUGACCAAGGAAGACAAACUCAACAAUUCCAAGUAUGCCGUGUCCUUGGCACGUAAGAUUGGAGCUCGGGUUUACGCGCUGCCCGAUGAUUUAGUGGAAGUAAACCCCAAAAUGGUCCUGACGCUGUUCGCUUGUCUCAUGGGCCACAGCAUGAAAAAGGCCAAUCGCUAA